CCCUCUGCCAUAGUCAGCCAGAAUCCCGUGAUGCCGCGGGGCUGUAAUUGCCCGGUGAUGGAACGGAUGGUUGUCCGGGGCGGCUUCUUGCUGUUGGCGCUGUUGGGCGUCGGGCUCUGCAACACCCGGCGGCCUGGAGAUGUUGUAGAUUCUGAAAUUGCAGGAGUGUCUAUACUGCUUGAGCACUCAUUUGAAUUUGAUGAUAGCGUGCAAUAUAAAAAAAGAGGUUCAUUUCUAUGGAGACCAGGCCGUGAAAAUGUCCUCACUCUAAACCAGAUGCAACUGACAGAGGAUGAAAGGAUCAAACUCAGAGAUAUGGCUAGUACAGACGGGUUGUACCGAAUUAGAAUCCCAAGGAAGCCAGGCAGUGAGAGCUCCACCUUGGAUUAUGUAUCAUCCUUUGUUCGAGUGUGCUCUCUGGUUGAGUCUCACCUCUCUGAUGUGAUCACUGUUAACACAGAUGUGUCUGGCAAUAUAAUCGGUGUUUCCAUAGUAACUGUCCCCGGGUCCUGCAAUGGAGCGGAGGUGGAAGAUGUGGAUUUAGAACUAUUUAACACAACUGUACACCUCAUGCAACCCGUUCCUGCGUCUGCGCCAGAGACUGCAGCGUUUAUUGAGCGGCUGGAGCAUGAACAGGCUCAGAAAGCCAAAAACCCGCAGGAGCAGAAGUCAUUCAUCGCCAAAUACUGGCAUUUAAUUCUGGGCGGGGCCAUCUUUCUCAUGGUUACAAAUUCCAUCAAAGCACCUCGAGAACUAGGAAUGCAAGCAUGACGUCUGCAAAGUAAUGGUGGUUCCCAGUUGCCUUCAGGAGAUUGUGUGCAGUGGCAAGUGAAGGUGCUGUUCGCGUUUUUAUGACGGCCAAAUGAUUAUUUCCCCUUACACCAAAUGUUGGGACCUUGUCUUUUGAUUCUCAGCAAUCUGUAGCUGUGGGCUAGAAACGUUAAUUUUCAGCAAGAUGACAUGUAAAGUGGCUUCUGUCUAGACACUCAUUUGCAGUCUGUAGUCAACGGCUUCUUUUAACAGCUCCUGUCAUUAAGAAAUCUUUUUGCUUGCUGGAUAUAUAUAGGCAGUUCGACCCUAAAACAUAGGAGCAGAAUUAGACCAUUCAGCCCAUCGAGUCUGUUCCAUCAUGGGUGAUUUAUUAUCCGUUUCAACUAUAUUCUUGUGCCUUCUCCCGUAACUUUUGAUGCCCUUACUAGUCAAGAACCUAUCAUCCCAAGUCUAAAUUGUGCAUCAUGGAAACUUGUGGUUCUGCACCAUAAGGCCCAAGGGGUUAGUCUUCUGGGAAGUAAUAGUCCAAAUUUUUGUAAGUUUAAGUGUUCAAGGUCCAUCUAGCAUACAGUUUCUGGUGUGGGACUUGCCAAAUAAUUUUUUCGAUAUAUCUGUGAUCUAAACCAACUAGCUCAAGAAGUGUUCAGCGUCCUGUCUCUGAUGGAUGAGACCGCUCGGAUCCAUAGCCUCCAUCAAAUGAUGUGGCUGAGUGCUCAUUUCCUUUUCUGCUUUUCCAUGUAAUUUCUGUGCUUCAUAUGAUAGAAAUGAUAAAAUCCCAAGAAUCAUUUGACUUUAAAUCAUGUGUUUGACACGAGCACACUUAAAUGAUUUUCUUUUUCAAAUUGCUUCCAGUGUGGCACAAGCUAGCCCAGUACAUGAGCUUGUAUACCUUCAUUCAUUGGCUCACGGUGACAUUACUCAAUUGGUUGGAUUUAGGAUAAACCAUGACAGUAUUCAGAUAUCCUUAAAGGUAACUGUUGUUCCUGAGUUAUUUAGUCCAUUACGAGUAUUGAUUAUAGUUCAAUUGGCCGCCAUUGCAAGGCAAGUGGGAGUGCAGCUGGCACAAAUCUGCUGAGACUUUACAAGGGAUUAGUCAGGUCAUCUUUGAAGUAUUGUGAGCAGUUUAAGCCUCCUAUCUAAGAAAGGAAGUGCUGGCAUAGGAGAACGUCCAAAGGAGGUUUACAAGAAUGAUUGCGGGACUUAAAGUGUUCAUGUAUGAGGAUUACUUGAUGGCUCUGGGCCUGUACUUGCUUGAGUUUAGAGCAAUGAGGGGGAUCUCAUUGAAACUGAAUGAAUAUUGAAAACCCCAGAUAGAGUGGACUUGGAGAGAAUGAGAGAAUAGUGGGAGAGUCUAGAAACCGAGUACAGAGCCUCAGAUUAUAAAAAUGUCCCUUCAGAAAUGAGCGGCAGGAGGGAGUUAUUUAACAAAAUUAGGGGCACCAGGCACCGGAAAAGGAUAGAAAGUGGGAAGAGAGGGCUGGGGGGGAAACGCAUCUUGUGGGUUUGAGUCAAAAAACAGGGAAAUGAUCUUGAUGACUAUUAUAAUUGGGUUGAAACUUGUUGCUUAAAGACAUGAGAUCAACUUUAAUUCCACUGACAUUUAAGUGAUUUUCAUUCAAAGUACUUUUCCAGUUAAUAUUGUAGUGAAAAAAAUCGAUGUAAAUAUAAUAAUGUUGCUGUAACAUGUUAAUUUUUUAAUCUCAUUAAAGUCUUCAACC